AUGCAGAAGUUCCUCACCCUAGCUGCCCUCUUGGCAACCACCGCCCUCGCGGCGGAUCGCACGCCAGCCCUGGUUGCCCGUCAGGUAGUUGAGCUUCCUUGCUCCUAUCAAGCGAAAAGGCCUGUGGGGACGGCUGCAUCCCUCUCUCCUAUACCUGCUGCCCCAAUAACCUCGACCUGUACGGGUGGAGGAGGCGUUUCCACUCGCCCCGGAUCGACUAUCUCCAUUACCAACACUCUGACCAAUACGUUGACGUCCACAAGCACCUCCACCCACACUUUGACGUCCAGCGAGGUCGUGACCCCGACCUCCACCCCAACACCUAGCUCGAGCUCCUCGUCCUCCCGGAGCGUCAUUCCUCCCAGUUCGAGUGCGGCGUCUCCCUCGUCAUCGACGCCGGCCGUGUCGCCCACCUCACCUCCGCUUCAUACUGGUGCAGCUUCUCACUUGACCCCGGGCUUCUACGCUGCUGCCGGACUCAUUGUCGGCGCUGCUAUCCUUUAG